UUUCUUACUGACCUCCAGAUUGUGCUAAAUUACUUGCUUCAAUUGUAAUUAACAAUAGAUGGCUAAAAAUACUUUAGUGUAAAAUAUCACCUUGGCAAACAAAUCCUGUGCAAGAAAAUAAAAGUAACACUUACUUCCAUAGCAUAUAAAACAUAUACAUUUUGUUGUUUUAACAUUAUAUAUCCCUAAAAUCCUGUUAUCAUAGUAGAAAGAAAAGAAAAAAAAAAGAAGGGAUUUACAAUUUUCAAGCAACGUUCAUGCAUUGUAGUUCUAUGAAGAAAGAUAUGGCAAAGUUUACUUCUAAGUUGCCAGAAUAUCCCUAAAUUAGUAAACAUUAGGUGUUCUUUUGCUUUUUUCAAAAGAAAGACGUCAAGCUUUGAAGGAAAAGGAGAUAAAAGGGCAACAAAAUAGCACAGCUUGGAAGCAUUAGCUGUCAACAUAUUUUUUAUAAGUUCAGGUGUUUCUUUCAUUUUCAGUUAAAAGUAUGUAUGGUUGGGUGGAAAAAGAAUAAUGCAGAAAAUGAAAUUCAAACCAGACUAAUUUGAGUUAUGAAAUACAAUAUUUUUUUUCCCGACUCUCUUGGCAGAGAAAGUGAUAAGAGUUUGAAGAAAUGUUGGAAAGGUUUGAUGUUUACUACACAUGCAGAGAAAAGGAUGACAGAGUUUUACUUUCUCACUUUGAAUAAAGUGUAUGCUUUCUUCCCUCCAAUUUUCUCUUCUCAACUUUGCAUUUCUAGGCAGCUUCUUCAUCAAAGCAUUCUUUGCUUCACAAGAACUACAUUUAACCACCAAUGUGAAAGACAGAGAACCUUAAACUGUACCUCCUUUAAAUCACGUUCUUUUCCUGUGUAGAACUUCUUUGCUUCCGAAUCGAGUUUUUCUGGUUUCUUGAGAUGUGACACUUCCUUAUAGCUAGCUUCCUGCAGCAGCAAAGUAAGAAAGAAAAAAGAGAAUGAAGCUAGUGGUGGAAGUGGUAGAUGCUCAUGAUCUUAUGCCCAAAGAUGGAGAAGGGUCUGCUAGUGCAUUUGUAGAAGUCGAUUUCGAAAACCAAAUCAGCCGAACCAUAUCUAUUCCAAAGAAUCUCAACCCCAUUUGGAACCAAAAACUUUUUUUCAAUUUUGAUGAAACCAAAAACUACCAUCACCAAACAAUUGAAGUCUCAAUAUACAAUGAGAGGAAACCUAUUCCAGGCAGAAACUUCCUUGGAAAAGUAAGAAUUCCUUGCUCGAAUAUUGCCAAGAAAGGUGAGGAAGUUUAUCAAAUCUUCCAGUUAGAAAAGAAGUGGUUUUUUUCAUCUGUCAGAGGUGAGAUUGGCCUCAAAAUCUAUAUCUCGCCAGAAUCAGGACCCAAAUAUCCUAUUCCUUCACAUCCAUCAGAAGCCCCUCCUACAAAUUCACCACAACCUUCAGAGCCUCCAGCUUCUACUUCUGCUCCACGAACUCCAGGAAACACACAACUUACAAGCAAAACAUUUGCUGCUGUUCCUAAAGCCAAGGUUCCUCUUGCUGUUGAUCCAAAAACCAGAACAGCAGAACCUGCAAAAGAAGUUUCAACACUCACUGUGAUUGAAAAUUCUAGUUCUGUUGCAUUGGCCAAUUCCAGCAGCUGUCGUCCUACUCAAGAGCCGAACGAGGAGAUCGAAUUUCCAGCUGCAGCAAGAGCCCAGAAAGAGCACCACAUAAACAAACAUCAAGUUCUGAAGCAAUCACAAGGUGUGCCAUUAACCAUGCAUGCAGUUAAUCCACAAGCAUAUCAUAAUCACCCAGAGGAUUAUGACCUUAAAGAUACCAACCCCCAGCUUGGUGAGCGGUGGCUGAGUAAUGGAGCUUAUGGAGGAAGAGGAUGGAUGACUGGUGGUGACAGAUUUUCAAGCACUUAUGACCUUGUCGAGCAGAUGUUUUAUCUGUAUGUUCGUGUCAUGAAAGCCAAAGAUCUUCCUCCCAGCGCCAUCACUGCAAGCUGUGAUCCUUAUGUGGAAGUGAAACUGGGGAACUACAAAGGAAGAACAAGACAUUUCGAGAGGAAAACAAAUCCAGAGUGGAACCAGGUUUUUGCUUUCUCAAAAGACCGCAUUCAGUCAUCAGUGCUAGAAGUCUUUGUCAAGGACAAAGAAAUGGUUGGAAGAGAUGAUUUUCUUGGAAGAGUGGUUUUCGAUUUGAAUGAGAUUCCCACCAGAGUUCCACCUGACAGUCCACUGGCUCCUCAAUGGUAUAGAAUGGAGAGCCGCCAUGGAGAUGGCAAAGUUAGAGGCGAAAUCAUGCUUGCUGUUUGGAUGGGAACACAGGCUGACGAAGCAUUUCCAGAGGCUUGGCAUUCGGAUGCUGCAUCAGUCUAUGGUGAGGGUGUCUUCAACAUCAGGUCUAAAGUCUAUGUAUCACCAAAACUUUGGUACCUUCGUCUUAACGUGAUCGAAGCUCAGGAUGUGCUACCCAAUGACAGAAGUCGUCUUCCAGAAGUGUUUGUUAAAGCUCAGGUUGGAAACCAAGUUCUCAGAACCAAGAUUUGCCCAACUUGUACUACGAAUCCACUUUGGAAUGAAGAUUUAGUCUUUGUAGCUGCUGAGCCAUUUGAGGAGCAGCUGGUCAUCACCGUUGAGGAUCGAGUUCACCCUUCGAAAGAUGAUGUGAUAGGAAAGAUAAGCUUGCCACUCGACUCAUUUGAGAAGCGACUUGAUCACCGGCCCGUUCAUUCUCGCUGGUUUAAUCUUGAGAAAUAUGGUUUUGGUGCCCUGGAAAUUGACAGGAGGAAGGAGCUCAAGUUCGCAAGCCGAAUUCAUGUAAGAGUUUGUCUUGAAGGUGGAUACCAUGUAUUGGAUGAAUCUACAAUGUAUAUAAGCGACCAAAGGCCAACAUCAAGGCAACUCUGGAAACAACCAAUUGGGAUUCUUGAAGUGGGAAUUUUAGGUGCAGAAGGUCUUCUCCCAAUGAAGAUGAAGGAUGGCAGGGGAAACACAGAUGCUUACUGUGUAGCUAAAUACGGCCACAAAUGGGUUCGAACCAGAACAAUUCUUGACACAUUCAAUCCUAAAUGGAAUGAGCAAUACACAUGGGAAGUAUAUGACCCCUGUACCGUUAUAACACUGGGAGUUUUCGACAACUGUCAUCUCGGUGGUAGAGAUAAACCAAAUGGUGGAGGCGCAGCCGCACGCGAUUCGCGAAUUGGAAAGGUAAGAAUCCGGCUAUCAACACUCGAAGCUCACAGGAUUUACACGCAUUCUUAUCCACUUCUAGUUCUACAACCUCAUGGAGUCAAAAAAAUGGGGGAGCUCCAACUAGCAGUCAGAUUCACUACUCUUUCACUGGCUAACAUGAUCUAUGUUUAUGGCCACCCUUUGCUGCCGAAAAUGCAUUACUUGCAUCCGUUCACAGUAAACCAGGUAGACAAUUUAAGAUACCAAGCCAUGAACAUUGUAGCUACAAGGCUUAGCAGAGCAGAACCACCUCUUCGAAAAGAGGUGGUGGAGUACAUGUUGGACGUGGAUUCACACAUGUGGAGCAUGAGAAGAAGCAAAGCCAACUUCUUCCGAAUCAUGUCGCUGCUUUCUGGUCUGUUUUCCAUGGGAAAAUGGUUUGGAGAUGUCUGCAACUGGAAGAACACAGUCACAACUGUUCUGGUUCAUAUUCUUUUUCUCAUACUGAUUUGCUACCCGGAAUUGAUUCUUCCAACUCUCUUCCUCUACAUGUUCCUCAUUGGAAUGUGGAACUAUAGAUUCAGACCAAGGCAUCCACCUCACAUGGAUAUUAAACUUUCAUGGGCAGAUGCAGUGCAUCCUGAUGAGCUCGAUGAAGAAUUCGAUACAUUUCCAACAUCUAAGCCUCAUGAUUUAGUAAGGAUGAGAUACGACAGGCUUAGAAGUGUUGCAGGGAGGAUUCAGACUGUCGUAGGCGAUAUAGCAACACAAGGGGAGAGAGUUCAGUCCCUGCUUAGUUGGAGAGAUCCUAGAGGAACCAGCCUAUUCAUAUUGUUCAGUCUUUGUGCAGCUGUAGUGCUUUAUGUGACACCGUUUAGAGUUGUGGGUUUGGUUGCAGGGCUGUAUUAUUUGAGGCAUCCUAGGUUCCGAAGCAAGCUACCUUCUGUUCCAAGCAACUUCUUCAAGAGAUUGACUGCUCGAACUGACAGCUUACUGUGAUACUAAUAAUGGUUUUUACGCUUCUGACAGAUCUUAAUGUUUCCUCUUCUUUUAUGCCCCUUUUAACUUGUUUAGUUUGAAUAAAUGUUGUCAGAUUAUAUUUUCAUUUACAACAGGAAAACAAGAAUAAAUUAUAUAAACUUCAUUCUACUUUGGAAUUUUUACAUGUACAUACAUACUAUUUUAAUAUAUUCUGUUACAAAUUUGUCUUUCUUAUAUUACUUGGAUGUUAAUCAACCAUUUUCUUGGAAAAAUCUGAAUGCAUAUAAUAGCUUAUUCUUCGACAGGCUGUGAGGAAGCCUUACCGUGACCACAAUACACCCCAAAGACCCUACCCCAGCAGGUUUAAAAAGGUGAAAAAUCACACAAAACACACCAUGAAUGCUAAGCAUCACUAAUUGUCCAACAGCACUUGUCAAUCAAAUUUACCAACUAUGAAAUCACUUUCCUGUAACCUGUUAUACAAUCAGGUGCGAAAAAAGUAUUCCAAAAAAAUUAGGUCCGUUCAGCAAAACACCCAAUCCUAAAUUUGCAUGCAAUUUUCUUGAUAAUAACCCUAAAACAUGAUUAAAUAUUAUCAAGUAGAAGAAAUCAAAUAUAUAUAUCAAGGUAAAUUGUACCCAAUAAAAACAAAAUUGGAAAGAAAACUCCUCGCACAAUUCAUGGGCUAACAUAAGAUCUGAUUAGAUCUCUGUCUAUCACAAACAAAGUAAAAAGAGUACAACUGCUAAGAGUAAUUUUUAACAAAAUCAGAACAAUAGUAGGAAAGACAGCAA